GCACAGAGACAAAGACAGACCGGAUCGUGGGAAGAGUGGGAAAUCGGUUUUAAAAGUUACAGAUCUCUUAUAGUCAGUUUCUGUCGCGUGUUCUUUUUUAUUUUGGAGAUUGACCAGAGAGCAACGACCUUUGGUUUGAAAUGAUGGACCAUUACUCGGACCAAAGUUGUGAAGGCAUUGAGCUACUGGAUUUGCUCUUUGAUAAUAAUGACGGCAUUUUGAGACACGAGGACAUAAAUCAUCAGAACAACCCAACUUGGCCAGUUCAUGAUCCAAACAUGAUGAUGCCGGCUCAGGGCAACGAGGAUUUCUUUACCGCCUUGUUAAGCGGAGCUGACUCCGUCUCCGGUUCGCCGGUGUGGUCUCCUUCUCACAGCGACAGCGGAAUCAGCGAAGAUCCUCAUUCCGAUCAACUGGACAGCCCCCCGCCUCCGGAGAGUCCCCCGCAGGCACCAUAUUUUGUCUUCCCUCAGUCUCAACACACCGCGCGCCAACACGCGGUGGACUCAGACCUGCCCGCUGAGCUCAAUGGCUGGGAGUCUGGCUUUUUCCCAGCCAAGACAGGCAGGCUCCAGGGCCCAUCUGAUGCACGUGCCACCCGGCCGUCAGCAGAAUUCCCCCUCACCGUGAAGGACCUGCUGCUCGCCGGCACGCAAGAAACCCCCCAGCAGGUAUCUCAGCAGAACUACCAGGAGCUCAUCCUCAAUGAAGAUGAAAAGAAACUAUUGGCCAAGGAAGGGGUGACAUUACCCACCCAGCUGCCCCUCACUAAGUACGAGGAGAGAGUUCUGAAGAAGAUUCGUAGAAAGAUCCGGAACAAGCAGUCAGCCCAGGAGAGCAGGAAAAAGAAGAAAGAGUAUAUCGACGGACUGGAGAGCAGGAUGGCAGCUUGCAGUGCUCAGAACCAGGAGCUGCAGAGAAAAGUCUUCCAGCUGGAGAAAUGUAACAUGUCCCUGAUAGAGCAGCUGCGUAGGCUGCAGGCGCUGGUCAUGAACGGAUCUAAUAAACCAGCCCAGACCGGAACCUGCAUUCUGGUGCUUCUCCUGUCUUUCUCUCUCAUCCUCCUCCCUAACCUCAAGCCCUUCUCCGAGAGCAAGGUCAGCCGAGAAGGAGACUUCGCCCCUGUACGAGUUCAGUCAAGGUCUCUGCACAACCUGCAGUUUUCGCGAGUUCUGCACUCUUUCGAAGAGCCUCACCCAGGGGCAGAGGAACCCGAGGCCCCGCCGCAGUUUUCUGCCGAGAAAGAGAUGAGAGAGAUAGCGUCUCUGCUGGGAAAACUGCACAGGGGACAGGGGCUCUCCGACUACGACCCCGACCCUCUCAACGCCAGCCUGCACCAGCACGCUCAUCACCACGGCGACCCCAUCACAGGUCACGUUGCCACGGUGACCCUGACCUCCCGGCGAGGAGCGCAGCUUCGCCCCCACGCAGACGACAUGUGACGGAGGGCGGUCAAAAGCGGGAUUUAAAAAAACGGGAAUUUUUCCAAAAAAAAAAAAAAUACCUGAUGCAGCUUUUCUAAAGAUGAAAUCCACACCAGCAAAGGGCUGUUUUUCUUUAUUUAAUCAGGGGAAAGAAAUUGAAUUUUUUUUUUUUAUUAUUAUUUUCCUAAAAUGUGUCUAUGUUCACUAUUAUGUACAUGCAGUUUUUGAAUGUUGUUUGAGUUUAAUGCAACUAAAUUAAUGCAAGCUAAAACAAAAAAAAAACAAAAAAAAAAAAGCUUGUUUUUGCACGUAUGGACCAGACCUCGGUUAAAAAAAAUUGUUUGAACUAUUUGAGUGACUGGGCCUGUUCCCAGAAGGCUUAGCGUCUUCUAUCUUGUGUCAUUUUCUGCUGAGGUUAUGCAAAACCGAACAGGACAGAUAUGACAAGAAUAUAUUGCAGUCUUUAUGAAAACUGUCAUUUAUCCUGUCAAUUAAGAGAAAAUGCCACAAGGUAAGGGAGCACGCAAAUCAAAUUCCUCUCGUACUCAACUGAUUCCAGUCUCGUUCUUAACAACGCUUGUCAUGUUCUCCUUUAUCGUGUUUAAAUUCAGCGCAAUUAUCGGAGGGGGAAAAAAAAUCUUCAAGAGAUUGCCUUCAGAAUAUGUUGUUCUAGCCAUAUCUUCCCUUUUUCUCAGAUUUCCCCCAAGGUCUGCAGCUUCUGGUCCUUAAAACACAAGCAAACAAAAAUAUAAAUCCUGUAUACUUACCUGGUACACACCUUCUGGAAUAGUCCUACCUACCUAAGUGUUCCGAGGUGGUUGGUCCUUACCGCUCGUUCAUUCACUUGUUCAGUCAUUCACUUUAGCAUCUUAGAUAUUUCUCUUAAUCUUUCAAUCUUAUUAAAUAAUGACUUAAAUUACAUUUUGGCAUUGCAAAAUACAAUCAAACUGUGAACAUUAACAUCUAGUAACACGUAUGUGUGUGUGUGUUUGUGUGUUUGUGUGUGUGUGUGUGUGUGUGUGUGUGUGUACUGUGACAAGUAAGGGAAAAAAAAAUCAGAGAAGAUUAAAAUUUCUGUUUCAGGCAAUCAAUAUCAUUGAUGUAAAACAUCACAAAAUCAGAAUGCAAAACUUUUUUUUUUGUAGGGUAAUACUUAAACAAAUAUUUACACAUUUGUCCUGGAAGUUGCUUUUGAUAAAAGUAAAAUGUGAAAUGAAUACAUGUAAAUGUAAAUGAACGUUAUCUGUGGGAUAUUGUAAAAUGUUCUGUAUGAGCAGGUGCGUGGAGAUAAUAAAAAAAAAAUGGACUA